AUGGCAGCCUCAAUACCACGAUCGCGAUGUCUCUUCUCCUCGUCCACAUUAAAGGCUGUCCCUCGCUCAAGGACGCCGCUUAGAACUUUUGCCACGACCUCCGAUACGCCGCAAACCUCAGCACCUGAAGCUCCUACAAAGCGCUCACGACCACCCACAUCUUUUAGCGAUACCCUGAAUGCCGGUCCAUCAUUCGGCGAUUUCGUCAACCCUGAGGCGCCCCUCUCCCCCGCCGAAGCAUACGAGAUCAAGACGGUGCAGGUAGGCCCGGAAGGCCGCAAGAAGACUAUUACACGACUUCCAGAGUGGCUGAGGACACCGAUCCCCUCAAAUGCAAACCAAAACUACAAGCAGAUCAAGAAAGAUCUGCGGGGGCUGAAUCUAGCCACAGUCUGUGAGGAAGCAAGAUGUCCCAACAUUUCGGAUUGCUGGGGCGGAAGCUCAAAGAGUGCGGCGACCGCGACAAUUAUGCUUAUGGGAGACACAUGUACACGAGGCUGUCGGUUCUGCGCCGUAAAGACAUCGAAGGCACCUCCACCACUGGAUCCCCACGAACCAGAGAACACCGCUGAAGCGUUGCGGAGGUGGGGGCUGGGUUACGUCGUCAUCACAGUGGUAGAUCGUGAUGAUCUCGCAGAUUCCGGAGCGCAUCAUAUUGCGGAGACCAUUAUGAAGAUCAAGCAAAAGAACCCGACACAGCUUGUUGAAUUGUUGGGCGGAGACUAUGGGGGCAAUCUCGAGAUGGCCAAGGUAGUCGCGAGAAGUGGUGUCGAUGUCUUUGCGCACAACAUCGAAACGACCGAACGCCUGACACCAUUUGUCCGCGACAGGAGGGCUAAGUUCAGGCAGAGUCUGGAUGUGUUGAGAUCGGCCAAGGAGGCACGACCGGAGCUCAUCACCAAAACCAGUAUGAUGCUGGGCUUGGGCGAGACGGACGAGGACCUCUGGCAUGCGUUGAGAGAACUCCGCGCAAACAACGUCGACGUCGUAACCUUUGGCCAAUACAUGCGACCCACCAAGCGCCACAUGGCCGUUCACGACUACGUCACACCCGACAAGUUCGAACUUUGGCGCCAGCGCGCUCUCGAUAUGGGUUUCCUAUACUGCGCCUCCGGCCCACUCGUGCGUUCAAGUUACAAAGCAGGCGAGGCCUUUAUCGAAAACGUGCUCAAGAAGCGGAGACUGGGCAACGCAGGAAAGAGCGAAGUCGCAGAUCUUAGUGCUGCAGAGGAAACCAGCAAGACGUUGUAG